UGUGUGUUGGGGGAGUUGGUGAGUGAGCGAGCGAGGCAGGCAUUCGGAGUACCGGAGUGUUGUCGGGGAAUAGGAAGCGAGUAGUGCACGGAGGCUGUACCUAGAGCCAGGUAAUUGGUGCCUGUUUAGGAAAUAUUCAUGGACACACAGCUGAAGUUACCUCCUCCCUGAAUAUUGACAGAAAUUGAAUUGAAUCCAGAGUUGAAAUUGCAACUGCAUCCCCUGCAUCUGUUAAGUACAAGGAUAGAAGAAAAGCAAGCUUUUGACAUUGAAAUUGAAAUUCUAAAGCUUUAUUUGUCUCAAAUAAUGUGUUAAGAACAAAACUACAAGACCAUCAAGAAAGAACAUCUGAGGAAGAGCUUAUGCCUUGGUUUACUGAUAAACACACGCAUGAAUUUGUGAUGAAGUCUACUGGGAGUACCUUAACGAAAACAUCUGAGGACGUCAGAGAUGAUAUGAACUUAACACUUGAUGAAUUUUCGAACCCAAAAAAGUCUGUUGAACACCAUUGCUCAAUUUGUGACCAGUGUUUUCCUUUUGAUAGUCUUUUAACUCAACAUAUGCACAUGCAUUCAAAUGAAAAGCAUCAAUUUUGUGAUCGUAGAAUUUCGCAGAAAGCAAAUUUGAAAAUUCAUCUUCAAAAGCACAAAGUAGAGCAUUUGCAGCAGGGUAGAAAAACUGAAAGAAAUAAGGCUGCUCUGUCUACAAGCUUUGAAAUCCCAAGUGCUCUGUCUAGUAGAAUCCAUCCUAAUGACAUUGAAAUGAAUGAUACUGAUGUAAAGCCUAUAAAUGGUGUUGCUUUAACUCUGGAUGCUUUAGAAAGAAAUAUUGCAGUCCAUGCUGAAGAACUUUCCCUUCUGCCUUGUAUGUUUUGCAAUAAAGGCUUUCAACACUCUGAAGAACUCCGUCACCAUGUGGUAGUUCAGCACCGGCCCACCCUAUGUGAGCCUGCAGUCCUUCGAGUGGAGGAGGGUUUGAGUCCUAUGGUAGAGAUGCACAUUACAGCAAGUUCUCCAGAACAGGAGAUUAAUGAUGAAAGUGAAGAUGGUGAACUCAGCUGUAAAGUGUGUGGACUGUCCUGUGAGAGUGCUGUGAAUCUGGAAACUCACAUGAGGAAGCACAAAGAUUCAUUUACCUAUGGUUGUAAUGUAUGUGGCCGACGCUUCAAGGAGCCUUGGUUUCUGAAAAACCACAUGCGAACACAUUCAAGUAAAGCUAGGGGCAAAUCUCAGCCGGAUUCAGAAGGUCCUGCGACGAUCAACAACGUUAUUGUGCAGGAACCAUUUUCUGGUCAUGUUGUAUCUCCUUAUAAAAUGUGCAUGGUCUGUGGCUUUCUUUUCCCCAGUAAAGACAAUUUGAAGGAACAUAGUAAAGUUCAUAACAAAGACAUGCCUGAUGAUGAUAGAAUGGAUGACUAUUCCUUAAAUCAGGAAAUUGUAGUACCACAGGAGGCAUUCCUGCAAACGUUACAAUUACAUCCCCACUUACCACAAAAUUGCAAACCCGUGAAACUUGGAAAAUGGAUACCUGAACUUGAUCCCUUUAAUACAUACCAGGCCUGGCAGCUGGCCACCAAGGGAAAGGUGGCAGUUGGUCGAGAAAAUGUGAAAGAUCCAGGGCAAAUAGCAAACUCUGAGAAUGAAGAGGAGCCCUCGGACAAAGAGGAAUCUAAUGAACAUUGGACCUCCGAUAAAGGCAAUCAUGGUGCUACCGUGGAGAACCUUGACAAGACUAAAAUCAAAAGCAGCAGUAUAUGUCAGAGUGGACCAGCCACUGUGGGUGACAUUGACGUUGACCCAAAAUUGACCCAGAAUAAAACUAAACCGACCAACUGUACAAUGUGUGGUAAGAUUUUUAGAACCUACCAUCAGUUAGUGCUGCACUCCAGAGUACACAGGAAAGGCAGGAAAAGUGUAGAGAACCCUUCAAAUUCAGUUGAUAGCAGUGAAGCUGGCACUCAAUCUGUUGAUUCAGUUAAAACAAUUGAAGACCAUAGUCCAGAAAUGGACAAACCUGAGGAGGGCUCUGAAGAGGGAUCAGAAGAUGGAGCACUGGGAGAAGGACCUUCAUCAGAUCGGAGUGAGGAUGGCUCAGAACGAGGAAGUAGAAGAGAGGCUGGCUCAUCUGGUGAAUGCAGUUACUGCGGAAAGUCUUUCCGUUCAAACUAUUACCUCAAUAUUCAUCUCAGGAUACACACAGGUGAAAAGCCCCAUCGGUGUCCACUCUGUGACUAUGCUGCAGCUCAAAAGACCUCACUUAAAUAUCAUUUGGAGCGACACCACAAAGGUGAGCAGAAAAAGCCUGAAGAAAAGAAUGAUUCUCUGAAGAAUUCAUCAGCAUCUCCCAAGUUGGAAGUGGUACCAAAAGGAAGCGAUGAACCUGUUCAGGAAUCUGUGGAUUCGACAAAAUUGCUUGCAGACUCUUUGGGCAGUGCCAAAGAUUUAGAUGCAGACUUUCCUCGGAGGAAGCACAAACUGACGACUCCUCCUCCUCCUCGUUCUGUUUUCGCUAAUGCUGCAUUUUCAAAUGUGAGCCGGGAGCUUCCUGACUUGAACAGGGAUACUAGUUUGCAUCAUAAUCACCCAACCUUCUGCAAUGCAGCACUACCAUACUGCAAAAAAUCAAAGGGUGAAAAGGUGAUGGGUGAGUCACACAGGAAUGACUCUGAUCCAAAGGUGGUUCUUGAUGCGGAAAAUUCAAAGGUUUCGGAGGAUUGUUUAAUGGAAGGAUUGUCAGAAGGUGGUGGUCAACAGAAUAAUACUAGAAACACAAGAUGGGAACCUGCUCCAAUAAAUGACCAAUGCUAUGUUAGUACUCGAGUUAAGUUAGAGGACUUCAGUGAUCAAUCUGAAUGCAGCUUUUUGGAAAAGCCCUUGAAUCUUUGCACGAUGAUGUAUCAAAGAAGUCUGUGUAGCAAUGGUAGUCCUCUGGGAAAUGCAGCUACCUCAGUUUCCAAGAGUGCCUUACUGAGCAACACGUGCCCAUUUUGUACUUACAGAACUUUGUACCCAGAGGUCUUAGUGAUGCACCAAAGGGUGGUGCAUAAAUACAGUGCUGACCUAAGCCCAAUAAAUGGAAUGCGCGGUGCUGUUUGUGGUGGGUCAGUUAAAAGCAGACGCACUGGAUGCCCCCCUGCACUAUUAGGUCAAGAUGUUUCUUCUUUACUUGCCACCAAAGAAACAAACAGAGAAUUUUCUCGUCGGACCAAGUCACCAGUACCGGCAACUUCACCAGAAUCUUCAAACUUGCUGCUUGGGAAGGCAAAAUCAUCAUCGUCGUCAUCAUUGUCAUCAUUACACCAGUCUCAGUGCAAUAAUCUUCUUCCUUCUGCAGCAGGAUCCAGAUCAUCAGGUGACUUUAAAGCAUUUAAGGCAACCCAAAAUUCCAGUGCACAUGUAGAAAAUUAUCGAUCAAUGCAUACGGAAUUUCGACAGAUGCCAGAUGUAGUCCAAAGAAUGGAAAGAAGUGGACCAUCAGAACCUGGCAAUAGUAAAAGAAAUACUUCUGAAAGACCCUGUAUCAAGUUGGACUAUGAAUCUGAUGGACCUAGGGGAUCUUUAGUUAGGUUUGACAGUCUUUGGGCUUCCAACGUUAGUAAAAUGUGUCUUACUGAUGUGUCUGAAAAUCAGGGAGGCUUAGAUUCUCAUGAGCGUACAGCUAAAAAAAUGAAACUAAACAGUCCUUUAAGGAAUGAUCAGCCUGUUUUUGGAACUAGGAGGGGUGUCCAAGGAAGAAAUGUGAAAUUAUCUCCAGAAAUACCUUCUGUUCAGGCCAGAAACUCUGGGAUACCAUCUAAGUCUGGAUCACAACUCGAUUCAAAUGGAGUUGAUCAGCAUUGGAAUGUAUUGAAACUUUUGAAGUCCUACAGCUCACAAGACCUUGCCUCGUUAUAUAAUAAUUGUGGACCCAGUAAUAGUGGAGAUCCUAAUAUUGGUCAAGAAGGGAAAAGACCUUUCCAGUACCUGCAGCACUCUAACAGUAUGUCACAAAAAAGGAGCAUUAGUCACCCUCAUAGUGGAUCUUUAGACAAGGAAGAAUACAUGACCCAAUGAAACCUGUCAGUGGAAUAAGAUCUGUUGGAAGCUGUGAAUGAAAUGUUCUUUCUGCAUCCAAGUUGAUUUUUGGGGGCAACUCGCUGGCUCACAGAUGAAAUCUAACAAUGCCUGAGUUCAAGAUCCACACCAAAUAAGCUGUGAUUUCUACAUUUAUAGAACACUACUAUUCACUUUUGGAUUACAUCUUUUGUUCUGUUCAAACACAGUUGUAAGCAGAAACUAUAUAUACACACAAAUGCAAACAAAAUGCCUUGUAUUCCAUUUUGAUUAUGAACUUGAAAUUGUAAUGUUUGAAUUGUCUAGUGUUCCUGUUUUUUGCAAUAACUACAUUGCUUGGCACUAAUAAUUGAGUUGGGGGCCAUUUUUUUGUUUAUAAAGUGAAAUUGGAUUUUGGUACCUGAUAUUGACAUUUCUGGGAAAUUGUAUAACUGUUAUUGACCUUUCUCUUUACAUUGAAAAAUAAGCAAUAAAUUGUACAACCUGUAGUAAUGCUUCUAGCAUCAGUCUUCCAAUAGUCUCUUUAUAUUCCAUUUGGUCUUUGGUUGCACAGCUGUGGCAAGCAGUACUUAAGUUGGGUACCCUUUACAUUUAGUAAAUAUUUUGUUUGAAAACUGGUUGCUUUAGAGUUCUGUGCAGCAGGACCUUGAUUGUUAAUAUUGCGAAAAUUAUAAAUGUGUUGGAAGAUGCAUUACCCAAGUGUCCCUUACACGGCACUCUGAAAUGACACAGCAGAGUGUUGGAUUAUCUUACCAUAAAUGUGCUCUACUCGACAAAUAAUGCACUAUUGGAAUAUGACAUGGGAAUCUUUUCAAAAUUAAACAUGGUAGAUUGCAACUAGACAAUUGCUGGGUCAUUUCCAGUCAACUAAUGAUUCAGAAAUAUUUGUAUGCACAAAUUUAACAACACAGUGAAAAUUCUGAACCAUUGUUUAAAUUUGCAUAAUUUGAAAAGACCAGUGUAUAUUGUAUUGUUUUGCUUCCUUGCUCAAUUUCAGCCCCAGUGUUUCACUAGUAUGCAUGCAAGGCCAAAGCAGGAAGGGUUUUGGCUUUGAAAUGGAGAGGCAAGAUGCACUGUUGUAAGAAAUGUCCUGUAAUUUCAUUUGCAUUAUGCAAGUUUCUAGAGACUUCUGUCUAGGCGUAGCCUUCAACAUCUGAGAGAUGACCUUUUGGGCCUCCCCUUCCGCAGGUGGAAUAUUGAUUCAGGAACUGAAGCAGUACCUUAUAAUCAUCCCAAUGUGUGUCACAGCACAGUUUCGUUUUGAUCAUCCUACAAGCUGGAAUUCGACAGAUUCUGCAAAGCAAUCCUCUUGACUGGAGAUGUAUAACUAAACAAAUGUCUAAUUGAGUAUUAGCACCAGCCUUAAAAUAAAAUUGAGUUAAGCAAAGUCAAAAUCCUCAGAUUGCAUGCUAUACACUUUCUUGUAGGCAACUGACAACAUUGAAAGUAUUCUAACUAGCUGAUGUUUUCAUUUUUGUUUUCAAAAUGAAUCCAAAUGAGUUUAAUGUUAAGAUUAUUUGUAGUUUUAUUUUUGCAUAAAACUAUAUUUAUAUUUGGCAUACUAGAGUGCAGGAGGCAAUGGGAGUUUUUUAUUGUUAAAACAGUCCCACCCUUCACCGUGGAGUUUAGUGUUCUUAAUUUACACUGUGUGGCAAGUACUGUAAUCCUAAAUUAUUAUUCAGUCUCUGCUCAUUGGAGAAUGCUCUUGAUAACUUUAUCACUAAGACCUUGUUGAUAGAUUGCUGAGGGGCAAGAUGUAUAAGUGCAGCUAUAUUCUAGUCAUAAUUGAUAUUAACCAAAAUCAGUGCAUCUUUCCUGCAGCUUAUCUAUUAAUUGUGUUGUCCCAUAAGCACAACUGCUAUACCUUUGUUUCCUGAUUGAAUGUAUAUUAACAGUUCAAGCUUUAAUGUACUCAUAAGUAAUGCUUGCCACAGCUAUACUUAAAUUUGUUGUAUUGGGUGAAAGUCAGUGAAUUUACCAUUUUUAGACACUUUGUUCUGCAACAUUUAAAAUGUUUAGUUCAGUUUUCCAGGUUGUGUAGAUGAAAGAUUAAAUCAAUAAUUCUAUUGAAAACUACCCAUUUACUGAACUUGCCCCUUUUUAAUCUGGCCACUUUAAUGCGCAUU